AUGGGGAGCGAUACUAUAAUCAUCAAGGGCAAUAAACGCCUCUAUGAGGACGAAGGCGACGCAAAGGAGCGUGAUGAGGGGGCAAAUCUGCAGCCACUGGAUGUAUUGUCCAUGCAACAGCUACUACAGUCCAUGGGAGCAGACAAAUAUGAACCACGAGUCGUAGCGCAGCUGCAGGAAUUUAUGCACCGAUACGUAACCGAGAUACUUGUGGACGCUCAGGAAUAUUCCAUGUAUGCGGACAAGCAGACGAUUGGCCCAGACGAUAUCCGGCUGGCUGUUGCAUCAAGGUUGAACCAUCACUAUGCACAAGUGCCACCCCGGGACCUGAUGAUGGAGCUAGCCGACAAGCGCAAUAGUAUUCCGCUGCCCCCUAUCUCGAACGAGUACGGCGUGCGUCUUCCGCCGCUCCAGUAUCAAUUGGUCACGAAGGAAAUUCACAAACAGGAUCAGAAAACGCCGAACACGCCUCGUCUUGGUGAUGUAACAGGCCUUGGAGGUGGGAUCAGAGGAGCAGCUCGACCGCCAAUGCACCCGCGCAUUGAGGGCUCGCGCAACAAGAAAUUUGCUCGUAGUCCUAUUCCCAUUAACCUUAAUCCGAGCAUGUAG